AUGGCGACUGCCGAUGGUACCACUUUCAUACCCCAUUCGCCACGACUUUGAUCGCCUUUCCCGCGUUUUCUUUUACUAUCUUUCUGACAAGAUCAUAUCAAGAUCAAAUAGAUCAAACAGGAUUAACAAGAAAUAAAUGAGAGCGUUGUUGAUAAAUAAAGGUGCGCAAACUGUUUUAAGUCUAACGAAGUUCAAAAAGUUCGAAAAAAUACGAAAUCUUUCAAACAGGUUUCGGUCGCAAACGAAAAGCCGAAGACGUCAUUACUCGUGAAGUUAAAGUUUGUUUUUAUUUCCUGAUUUUUACUACUAAAUCAGUAGAAUCUGAAAAAAACAUUUUUUAAAGAAAAUAGGAAGUAUAUCAUUUUCCCAUUCUAAACAUGAUCCGAUUCAAGUUUUAGACUUAUCAACCAAUAUCCAAAAAAUUAAAGCAAAGAAAUGAGAAUUUGGAAACGGGCCAAGACACUGAGUAAGUCUGACCCAGAACCUUUAAAACUUACUUUGAAAAUCCAGAAAAAAGGAUGAAAUAGCGAAGACGGAGCCAAGGAAGUCUUGUAGAAACGAGCGAAGUACAGAAUACGUACCGGAAUAUGCCGACGACAUUUUUUGCUAUUAUAAAUCCAGAGAAGUUAGCAAUACAAGCUCCUAAGCAACCUGCAAUUGUAAAUCAGAAAAAAUUUCUGGUCAACGACUAUAUCGAAACGAAGAAACAUCCUGCGAUUGGGAAAAGCCGAAGAUCAGUCAGAUUAGUCGAGUUUAUUGCUCAGGUCAUCCGAAAAAUUGUAAUUUUUUUUCAUCAAAAAAUGCUUCAGAUGCACUGCAAACACGAAUUUCUUCCGGAAACGCUGUUUCUCGCCGUCAAAAUUGCCGACCUGUACAUUUCCAAAGCCACUGAAGUGAAAAAAUCGGAGUUGAACGUAUUGGCAACGGCUUCGCUGCUCCUUGCUGCCAAGUUCGAAGUAUGUUUUGGACUUACCUUCUUCUGGUAACUGACAUUAGGAAGUGACUCUCCCACCAAUCGAGAAUUUUUCACACCGCUCAUUGAGCGUCAAAAAGAUAAAAUCCAAAGAACGGGAAAUCCUCAAAACGCUGGAAUUCGACGUUGGCGCCCCCAAUAGCUUCUUCUUUUUGAGACACUUGGCUAAAGUAAGUUUUACAGUAAACUUCUAAACCAUUUACUUUUUUUUUAGAUUUGCAACCUCACGAACUUGCAAUUCUCAAUGGCUGAAUUCGCCCUAGAAAGUUCGCUCUACUGUGAAAGUUUUCUGGAAGUCAAGCCUUCGGAAGUAGCCGCCGCUGCCGUUUGGAUCGCACUUCAAUACUGUCCUACCUCUGAUGUCCGCUGGUAGAAUUGAAAGUUUUCUGCAAUUUUAAUUUUACUUUUUCCAGCAGUUUCUCUGACUCAUCUAUUGGUUUUUCCUUAAGAAAAACGAAAUUGAUGGGAACCGCUCUUUAUGGUUGGAUCUGUAUGACGAUGAAGUCUGAAAGGCGGACAUCUUUGCGAGAAAAAUACGCCUCUCCGUAGGACUUUUUUUUGAUUUUAUUUAUUUUAAUAAUUCCAGAGACAAACACCAAGUUGCAAGAAAACCAUGUUUCCGAAAAAGGCAACGCAAAGCAACAUCUUCUGAUUGA